AAGGAUUGGCGCAACCGGAGGCCAGAGUCGGAAUAACUGGACUCUAGGUUGCUGGUCGCAGUCCCGGAGCCUGAGGGGCUGGCGUCGGUGCCCAACACAAAGUCCAGGAAAGGAGCCUGGCCGGGACGCGCGCACCAUGCCCUACCUGCUCAUCAGCACCCAGAUACGCAUGGAGGUGGGCCCCACCAUGGUGGGCGAUGAGCACUCAGAUCCAGAACUGAUGCAGCAUCUGGGGGCCUCAAAAAGAAGUGUCCUGGGAAACAACUUCUCUGAGUACUACGUGAAUGACCCUCCUCGAAUAGUCUUGGACAAGCUGGAGCGCAGGGGCUUCCGUGUGCUGAGCAUGACAGGGGUGGGCCAGACGCUGGUGUGGUGCCUGCACAAGGAGUGACCCUCCCACACUGAGGAGCGCCAGUCACCCCUUCUUUGGAGUGGCUGCCAUGGGUCCCAACCCCAAGACCCUGCCUCACUCACCACCCUGCCCCUUCUUCCCAAAUCGUCCUUCUCCUUGGCCCACCACCACUGGGCAGUGAAUGAAUGGCCUUCUCUGAAAACUGUCUUAGAGUGUGGAAGGGUAGGGCCCCUGGCCUUGGUGCCCCCAGCUGCCCCUCCAGCUUCAGGCCUGGCACAGGCCCUGCAGGAGGCCCUAUUCUGUCAAAAACUGAGGGGCUGAUGAGCCAGGCUGCCCCUGGCAGGGAGCUGGGUGCCCCUGUGGAGCAGGGCUCCAGGACUGGGUGGGUGGGGCCUGCGUAGCUAGUCCAAGCCAAUAAAGGGCUGAGAGGUUGCU